CUCCAUAAAGCGGCGUGGCGGGCGGGCACCCGCUCCCCGUCGGCGCCGAGCAUGGUGGUGGGGGCGCCGGCCUCCCGGGCGCUCCUGCUGCUGCCGCCGCUCCUGCCGCUGCCGCAGGUGGCGCUGGGCUUCGCGGACGGCAGCUGCGACCCCUCGGACCUGUGCCCGCCCCAGGCCCGCUGGAGCAGCCUGUGGCACGUGGGGCUUAUCUUACUCGCUGUCCUUCUGCUGCUGCUGUGUGGGGUCACAGCCAGCUGUGUCCGGUUCUGCUGCCUCCGGAAACGGGUACACAGCCAGCCACACCUGCCACCAACACCUCAGCCUUGCGACCUGACGGUCAGCCCUGUGGACAGUGACAGCCCCGUGCACAGCACUGUGACCUCUUACAGCUCUGUGCAGUACCCGCUGGGCGUGCGGCUGCCCCUUCCCUUUGGGGACCUGGACCUCGACUCCAUGACCCCUCCUGCCUACAGCCUGUAUGCCCCUGAGCUGCCACCCUCCUAUGAAGAGGUUGUCAAGAUGGCCAAACCCAGACAGGAAGAGCCACCGCCCUCUCAGUAACCCCAUCUUCCCCCUGGGGCCUGAGGCCUAGAGACAUCGACGGGGCUCCAGGAGCCGGCUCCAAUGCCCUAGCAGCCCUGGCUGUCGUCCUGGCGCCCCUCAAAAGCAGAGGAAAACUCUCUUGAACUUCCCAGUUGUGCCAGCCACCUUGUGCUCAGAAGGGACCCCCCCAGCACACCCCUACGGUCCUUCCCCAGGGAAG